AUGGCCACCACUCUCGCUUUCCCUCAGCAACAGCAGCAGCCCCAGGGCCUGCCCAUCCAGUCCGUGAGCUCCAACUCCGUGGACGGCGCUCUUCUCAGUGCUCUAGCAGCCUACAUCACUGGCGGUUCUGAUGCUCGCCACACCACUGAGCAGGAGAUCCAAGACCUCGCUUCUGAGGCUAUCGCCAGACCUGGUGGUCGGGCUCACCUCGAGGCUAUCAUUCAGUCUGAGGGAUAUAUCGAGCACAAAGUCUGGAAGAACCAGGCUACUGCAAAGGGAAAGCUUACCCUGACCAAGACUGAUAUCACUGUCAGUCUUGAGGUGGCUACCCUCCAGCUUGUCUUCACUGCCGAGGGUUCUGGUGUUUUCCCGCCCGCUACCGCCACGCUUCCCGUUGGUACCUUCUACUACAAUGACUUCGGUCAGUUUGGCCAGGGAGAUGCCACCUUCAAGCUCCAUGUCAAGGGUCUCGAUCUUCAUAUCAAGAUCUACCGUAACCAGGUCUACGUCGGACACUUUGAGUACAAGAACGUCACCUUCGUCUUACCUCCUGGUGGUGUCGAUCUCAACGGCAAGAUUGCCUGA